AUGCCGGGAGGCACGGUGGUGGUGGAGCGAUGGUGGAAGGUGAAUCUCCCUAAGGAAGGGGAGGAGCCUAAACUGCACCCCCGAAGGCAUCGCAUCUACCGAGUAUUGGAGGACACAAAGCAUAAGAAGAAAGAGAAGAUGGAGCUGCUCCUCACCCAGACUGUGCCCAAGCUGGGGGGCCGGGGGGACACCGUGUUUGUGGAGAAGCCGCUGGGAAGGAACAAGCUGCUGCCACAGGGUUUGGCCGUUUACCCCUCUCCUGAGAAUAAGAAGAUGUUCGAAGAAGAGAAAAGGAGGCAACAGGAGGGGGCGCCGGAGGACAGGAUACAGACAUGGACUGGAGAAAUGACAUUGCGUUACCUGCGGGACUCUCACCUGGAGGUCGGCAUGAAGAACAAUGUGGGGCAGUGGGAAGUGACCAAGGAGAUUGUCGCUCGGAACCUAUUUAAGAACCUGGGUGUGGUGGCCCCGGUAGAAGCCCUGAAGAUCCCAGAGGAGCCAAUAACAAAGAAGGGGGAGUACUGGUGCGAGGUGACGGUGAAUGGCAUCGAUACCGUGCGUAUUCCCAUGUCCGUGGUCAACUUCGAGAGGGAGAGGACCAAGCUGUACAAGCAGCGCGUGGCCCGGAGAGCGGCGGCGGGGGCAGAAGCGCCAGAACCUGGGCCCUGAGCCACUGAGAGUGUUAUACAUGGAUUCACCAGCAGGGGGCAGAACUGUCCCACAGAUAGGGGAACGGCCAAUCCCAAUGCCUCUAUGUACCCAGCCGGGGGCGCCAGAGAUUAGGCAGGCCGAGCCCUACGGAGCAGCAGCGAGGCCGUCACUUCUCUGUACAGUGUUAUGGUUUGUAAUAAAAUGAACUGCAAUUGGCAA